GCCGGCCGCCACGCGGGCCUGCGGGCUUUCAAAACGCUGUGCGCGCGCCGCCGCGGCUGCUCGGGCGCCGAUCGGCCCCUGCGGCCGCUCGCACACGCCGGGCGCGCCCCCGCCCGGCACGGGCCCCGGCGCGCCUGCCGCGGCGCGUGGAAAACCGCUGGCCCUUCCGAUACCUCUCUAACGAUACGCCCCCCAACCCGGAACGCUCCCCGGCAAGGGCCCCUGCAC